AUGGAGCCAAGGAACAAUGUAUCUUACUUUGUCUUGCUGGGCCUCACUCAGAAUCCAAAGGAGCAGAAAGUCCUUUUUGUUCUGUUCCUCUUCUUCUACAUUUUGACGAUGGUGGGCAAUCUGCUCAUUGUCCUGACUAUAACUGUCAGUAAGACCCUGAACUCACCAAUGUACUUUUUUCUUGCCUGCUUAUCAUUUAUAGAUCUAAUUUAUUCCUCUUCUAUUACCCCUAGAUUGAUUUCAGACUUGUUCCUUGGAAAAAAUACCAUAUCCUUUGAAUCUUGCAUGACCCAGCUAUUUACAGAACAUUUUUUUGGUGGAUCCGAGAUAUCUAUUCUGCUGGUAAUGGCCUAUGACCGCUAUGUGGCCAUCUGUAAGCCCCUGCAUUAUUUGGUGAUCAUGAGGCAGAGGGUGUGUGUUGUGCUGCUGAUUGUGUCCUGUUUUGGAGGUUUUCUGCACUCAAUUAUUCAACUUAGCACCAUUUAUGGGCUCCCAUUCUGUGGCCCCAAUGUCAUUGAUCACUUCAUGUGUGACAUGCACCCAUUAUUGAAACUCGUCUGUACUGACACUUAUGUCAUCGGUGUCUUAGUGUUGGCUAAUGGAGGACUGAUGUGCAUUAUUUUAUUUCUGCUCUUACUCAUCUCCUAUGGAGUCAUCCUGCACUCUCUGAAGAACCUGAGUCAGGAAGGGAGGAGGAAAGCCCUCCAGACCUGUGGUUCCCACAUCACUGUGGUUGUCUGUUUCUUUUUUCCCUGCAUUUUCAUGUAUGCAAGACCUGCUAAGACCUUCCCCAUUGAUAAAUCAUUGAGCGUGUUUUAUACAGUCAUAAGCCCCAUGUUGAAUCCAUUAAUUUACAGUCUAAGAAAUUCUGAGUUGACCAAUGCUAUGAAGAAACUCUGGAGAAAAAUAUGUCUUAUCAAGUAG